AGAGAAAGAAUGGGAGGGAGAAAGUCACUGACAUCCAACAGAAGUUUUGCAUAUUCGAUAAUCUACUUGUUUUGGGAGGUCUUCUUCUACACCACACCAUGCUGCAUGCAUCCAUCUAGGAGAGAUUUGUUGUUGACCCAUUUCCUCCCUCUUUUGGGACGAAUUUGGGUCUUCCCUCUAGUGUCGUCGGUCGGAUGGGGGUUUAGGGUUUUGGAGGAGGAGUAGUAGUAAAUGGGUUGCGUUAGCUCCAAGUGGGCCACGUCCCCUCCUUCUUCUCCUUCUCCUUCUCAUUAUCAUUCUCCUCCUCCUCUUCUUCUUCUUCUGGGAGGAGGAACAGGAGCAGCAGCAACUCUUCGACACCAUCAUCAUGGCUCCUCUAGGUCUGCCUCUUCCCGAAAGGCUUCCUCUGGAUUUAAAAAACGGGGUGUUGAAUUUGGGGAACUUGAAAAGAUAAAAGAGGAAGAGAAUGAAGAAGAAGAAGAAGAAGAAGAAGAAGAAGAAGAAGAAGAGGUUGAAAGCGGACGCACUCGUGAAUUGAACUCCUCCGUCAAAUCUGAGAAAAAAGCUUCUUCCAUCGGCUUAAGAUUUGGUAGAUACACCACCCAGGCCGAGCAUAUUGCUGCUGGUUGGCCUUCUUGGCUCAGUGCGGUUGCUGGUGAAGCCAUUGACGGCUGGCUUCCACUCAAGGCAGACUCAUUCGAGAAGUUGGACAAGAUCGGACAAGGCACAUAUAGCAAUGUGUAUCGCGCUCGUAGCAAGGAAAGUGGCAGAGUAUUUGCCCUAAAGAAGGUUCGAUUCGAUACCUUCCAACCAGAGAGUGUGAGGUUCAUGGCCCGAGAGAUAGCUAUCCUCCGCAAGCUGGAUCAUCCCAAUAUAAUGAAACUGGAGGGGUUGAUUACAAACAGAUUAUCAUGCAGUUUGUAUCUAGUAUUUGAAUACAUGGAACACGAUCUUUCUGGACUAUUGUCCUGUCCCGACAUCAAGUUCACUGAUGCACAGAUAAAAUGCUAUAUGCAACAGCUAUUACGCGGGGUUGAACACUGUCACUCGCGAGGAAUAAUGCACAGAGACAUCAAGACAUCCAACAUAUUGGUAAAUAAUGAUGGGAUAUUAAAGAUAGGGGAUUUUGGGUUGGCAAAUACUAUUAGCUCGAGGAAUAGGCUCGCUGCCUUAACCAGCCGUGUUGUGACUUUGUGGUAUCGUCCUCCCGAGCUAUUAUUGGGCGCCACAAGCUACGGAGGAUCAGUCGAUUUGUGGAGCGUGGGCUGCGUAUUUGCUGAACUUUUCAUCGGGAGACCUGUCCUCAAGGGGAGAACAGAGGUUGAACAACUUCACAAGAUCUUCAAACUCUGUGGUUCUCCACAUGAUGAUUAUUGGACAAAGUCCAACCUUCCUCUCACAACAAUGUUCAAACCUCAGCAACCUUAUACCACUUCACUUAGGGAAAGAUGUAAAGAGUUACCUAGAACUGCAGUCAACCUCCUAGAGACGUUUCUUUCUAUCGAUCCUCUCAAGCGUUUGACUGCUGCGUCUGCUCUUGAUUCUGAGUAUUUCAAGACAAAGCCUUAUGCAAGUGAUCCUUCUCUCUUGCCAAAGUAUCCACCCAAUAAAGAAAUUGAUGCAAAAGUUCGUGAAGAUGCACGGAGGCGAAAGGCGGGUGUCAGAUUGCGAUCUUCAGGAACCUCAAAAAAGAAUCCAAGGAGAGCCCAUCAAGAACCGAGCUCCAUCUCUAAAAAAGCGGAGGGUGAGGAAAGGGUUAAAUUUGUUCAUGGCUACGUUGUGAGGAGCAAAGGAGCAACAUCAUCUCGGGAUUCAGUAAAGUCUUAUGAUACAAUGUCUGAGGCCUCUCAAAGUACAAUUGUAUCACAAGUGGAUAGCAUUCGUUCAGUUCCCAAUGGCCCAACCAGCGGCUUCAACUGGACCCGUUCUCUAAGAGGAGAAGAAGAAGAAAAAGAUCAGUACCCGUUCUCUAGAAAGUUACAGCAGUCACGUCGUGGUGGUGGUGGUGGUAGCGGUUCAAAAAUCCAACCCAAUUAUUCGCUUGCAGCCCUCCUUGGAGAAGAAGAUGAUCUAGAACCUUUCAGCAACAACAACGUGAAGCAGCAACAACAACCUAUACGAAGGUCACACACACAAAUCCUGCCCAAUUGGUCUGAUUAUGCUUUUAACGAUUCCCAGCAGAAUAAAAGAUGAUGAAGGCUUCCACUCUCAGGACCCUUAAUGUCACAGCCACAAGUCGUAGGAACUUAAAUUGACGAUGUGCCACAAGGCUAGGUCGCGGGUUUACAACAGAGCUUGGUUGGUUGGUUGGUUGGUUUGAGAGUAACUAACCCAAUUAUUACUAUUACUGCAAAUUAAUGAGAAUUGAUUGAAUUUAUAAUUAAUCAAUCAUAAAGAUUCAUAAUUUGGAAGACUCACAUAGAAGAUUACACAGUUUGGACGUCAUGUCAAGCUUCCAAGUUCCAACCCUUGGAGGAGGAGGAGAAGCUGCGAGGAAGGAGGUCUGCUAAUUGCUUGGUUCCAGUUUUUCAUUAACGCUCUUAGAGAAUAAUAAUAAUAAUAAUAUUAAUAAAUGGAAGAGGCAACAUUCAUCACUUGU